AAAGGUAAGCUGUUGAAUCAUGAAAGACGUUUAACGUUCUAUAUCGCGGCAACCACGAAGUGUAUCGGGACGCAUUAAAGCGAAAUUCGAUGCAAAAUGUCGCUUGAAACUUUGGAUGCUCUUACGAAGCGAAAGGCCCGCCUAGAUGCGUCGAUCGAACUACACGGCAUGGUGCUGAGAGAGAACAAUAUUGGGAUGCACGAACCGCUGAUAGACGAUGAAGGAUAUCCACGAAAUGAAAUCGAUGUUUGUGCCGUGCGGAAAGCGCGUCAUGCAAUCAUUUGCCUGCAGAACGACCGACAAACAUUGAUGACAACGAUCGAAAAAGAAAUGGGCUUAAUAUUCGAACAGAAACGAAAUACAGCACCAUCCAUCGUGCCAGAUGAACACCCAGUGCAACCGAUGGAGGUGGAUGAUGGUGGUAAGGUGAAUGUGACAAAGCCACCGUUGGAACCGUUCGUCUUAGUGGAGCGGGUAGAACCAGGCAAGCUAGCAGAUCGUAUGGGCAUAUCAAUCCAGGACAAGAUUUUACAGAUUGGAACAUUAACGUCGCUGAACUUCAAAGCACUGAGUCAAAUUCAAGCUAUGAUUCAAAAUGCCCGGGGCGGCAAGCUGCAAUUUGUGGUGCGCAAAGCAAAUACUGGCGGCGACGUCACUAUCGAAAUGGAUUUAAGUGCGGAGGGAACCCAGUUGGGCUUUUUCUUAAAGCCACUGAAAAGCUGAACUGUAACAAAGCCAUCCUAUAACGCAUAUUAUUUAAUAUUUAGUCAGGCUAAUUGAUGAUCAUUUGUCAUUACAAUGACGCAUAAUCGUAGUUUAAUAUCUUUAAUUUUUCUUUCGCGAUAGCGAACGGGUUGCUUGUAUAAAACCAUAACAAUUCAAUAAAUUGUUACACACAACUAGAAUAGUAAAAUAGUCUGACACUGAACAACUCGUUGAUAGACACAGCUGAA